UUUAUUUGCCUUGAUGGCAUCUUCUGGAAUACCUGGGGUUACGUGGGAUGCCGUGACAUAUGUUGAACGCUCAUUGCUACAGGACAAGACUAAUGCUGAAGCCGGUGCUAUGUUUUCUCGUAUGAUUCAAGAGUCAUUAAAGUCAUGGUUCACACAGGUCAACUUCUUCAUUCAUAAUUUGGCUCAACUGAGGUUUUCAGGGGAUCAUUCAGACGAUCUCCUGUCGUUCAUCCCGCGUACAUAUACGGCAGCACAAGAUGGAAAAAUUCACAUUGUAAGACUUUAUAGCUACCAGAAGCGCUACAACCCAAAUAAGUAUUAUGUUUAUAUCUUGGAAGUGGAGCGAGAAGGACAGCGAGAGCCAUCAUACCUCUUUCGAUCCUAUCGGGAAUUCUCCGAGUUUCAUCAGAAAUUGUGUAUGAUUUUUCCACUCGCCAGAAUACAUGGCCUUCCAAAGGGUGUACAGAUUGGACGUUCUGAGGUGAAGGCUGUGGCAGAGAAGCGAAAGCUUGAGAUUGAACUUUUCCUUGCAACACUCUUUGAUUUGGCCCCAGAGAUAUCACACUCGGACCUGGUUUACACUUUUUUUCAUCCAUUGCUGAGGGACCAAGAAGAUACAGACAUCCACAUUAGGAAACUUAAGAAUAAAGAUUCUCGAACAUCUCUUCCACCAGCCAUUCCAAGCAUACCAGGGCAGGUGCAGGGCCAAGUCAAGGUCAGUGUCCAGUACCUUAGAGGCCAGCUGCAGAUCAUGGUUCAUCAUGCCCGCAAUUUGUCUCUCAUUAGUACUGGCCAAGAACCUUCGCCAUAUGUUAAACUGUAUCUUCUCCCUGACCCACACAAGAAGACUAAGAGGAAAACAAAAGUUGUGAAGAAAACCUGUCACCCAACUUUCAUGGAACCAAUAACAUAUCGCAUGUCACAGGAUAUUGUUAAGCAGCGUGUCCUUGAAAUAAGUGUUUGGAGUGAAGACAAAUUUAGUGAGAAUAUGUACCUCGGAAGCUCUUAUCUUCGAUUAUCUGCACUAGAGCUUAAGGAAGAGCAGUGUGAAUGGCUUAGCUUAGAGCAUCAACGUAACACAGCUCUUGGACAUACCAUUCAACACAAUGCAUAAAACAGUUGUAAAAUCCCUUUUAGAGAUAUUUUAAAUUGAGUUUUUUACCGACAGAUGUAUUAAAUAUUUAUAUAUUAGCUUCUUAGAUGUAAGUUUAUAGAAUGUAAUUUUGAAGCCUAUACUGUAUGUGCAAAAGAAAAUAUAUACCUUUCUAAUAGAUAGACUUUCACCACACAUGACUAUUAGGAUAAGUCUGGCAUCGUUCAUUGUUAGUAUCAUGUUUAAAUAUAUAUUUUAAAGCAUGAA